AGCAAUGCCUGACACAGAGCAAGUGGGUACUACCACUAACAGAGACACAACAAACACAGCAGAAGUUACUACAGUUGCAGCAAUUGCUACAUCUGCAUCAGUUGUUGGAGUGACUCUAUCUGUGGUGUGUAUUGUAGUACUGUUAUUUGUUUUGAAGAAAAGAAAACGAAAGGAAGGAGACCGCGCUGGAUAUGAACUGGCUACAACAAGUCCCCUACCUGAAGUGUCGUCUCCUCCACCCCCACCAGUGGAUCUGGUCCAUCAACUACAGGAGGAGCUACACACAAAGAACAUGCUCUAUGAGAAACAACACAUACAUCUGAGUAAAGUCAUUGGUCAAGGUAUAGUUUAUAAAGAGAGGACCUCUCUGCUGUGUGGCAUGCACUAUAAAACUUUCUAUAAUAUAGUAUGUUCAAGUUGAGAAUGCACUUUACCACAGUACAUUGAAAAGGAGGACUUUUCUAAUGUCACAAACACUAUGCAUUGGAUUUGUACGAAACUAAGACUAAAGGAACGGGAACUUUAAGUGCUACAAAAUAACACCCA